AUGAGACCAUCCACAAGACAGGGGACCUUUCUGCUGGCCUCCACUGUGCUCUGCACCCUCUUGGAUCUCGGAUGGCCUCUAAGCUGUGAGGUGUGUAAAGGCUCCGGGCACACGUGCAGCGGCAAAAUGAAGACUUGCGAGGCUGGCAAGGACGCAUGCGUGGUUCUCGUGAGCGAGUCCAGCACAAAGGGCCGGCAGGCAGUGAGCACCUUUAAGGCCUGCAUGAAGUUCAGCGACUGCUACUCAGGCUUCGUCUCCACCACCAUGAGCCCCAAUGACUACAUGGUAACCAACGCACGGUGCUGCCAGAGUGACGGCUGCAACAGUGGCUCCGUGCCCCCUCCCCAGAACAAUCGUACUGAGAAUGGCUUGAUGUGCCCCUCCUGCAUCGUGCCCUUCCAGGAGACGUGCCCGGGAACCCAGGCAGCUCGCUGUGUUGGCCAGGAAACACAUUGCAUCUAUUUUGCUGGCAACGUGCAGGCUGGGAUCAUCAACACCAAAUUUGCCACUCGAGGCUGUGCUACAGAGAGUGCCUGCUACACGAAGGCUGGGGCCGAGGUGCCCUCAGCUUCCUACCUCUACUUCAUCCGCCGGGCAGACUGCCUUCCAGCUCCCUAUCCCCCUGGCCGGGCUGAGUGA